AUGACGCUGACACCAAUUUUCUGUCAGAUUCACUGCAACUCCUUUCCCAGUGCUAAAGGGAAUAAUGAGUUGCAGUUUGGAAAAUAUUGUGACGAUGAGGGAGAUGGUAAUGAAGGCGAAGGUGAAAAUUAUGGACCAGGCGAAGGUAGUGGCAACUGUCAUGAUGAUGGCGAUGCUUGUGGGGCAGAAAGGGGUGGUGGGAAAGGUUUGGGAAACGAUGGUGGUUCUAGCUCCGGGGAAGGCGGAGGUGGAGGUGGAGGUGGAGGUGGUGGAGGAUCAGGGGGAUAUGGUGGAGGUUUUGGCUAUGGAGGAGGAGGUGGCGGCGGAGGUGGUGGAGGAGGAGGUGGAGGAGGAGGAGGCGGUGGUGGGGGCGGUGAAGAUAAUGGAAGACAUGGACGCUGA